AUGUCACCGGCGCCGUCGCGCCCCCGCAUCCGGCCGUGGCUGGUGGUGGGCGACCUGGCGCUGGCGGGCGCGUGGGUGUGCGCGGGCGCGCUGGUGAAGCUGCUCGUGUACGGCGGGCUCGGCAUCGCGGGACGGCCCGAGGCCGAGGCCGUCAAGGUCUCGCUCUCCAUCGUAUACAUGUUCCUCUUCGCCUGGCUCGAGGCCGCCUCCGGUGGGGCCUCCUACAACCCGCUCACCGUCCUUGCCGCUGCGCUCGCCUCCCACGGCGGACCCGCCGUGUACCUGUUCACCGCCUUCGCGCGCAUCCCAGCUCAGGUGAUUGGGGCACUUCUUGGAGUAAAGCUCAUUCAGUUAACUUUCCCUAAUGUGGGUAAAGGAGCCCGCUUAAGUGUUGGUGCUCAUCAUGGCGCGUUAGCUGAAGGAUUAGCAACUUUCAUGGUUGUUAUGGUGUCAGUGACCCUGAAGAAGAAGGGGAUGAAAAGUUUCUUUAUGAAGACAUGGAUCACGAGCAUCUGGAAGAACACAAUUCAUAUCCUUAGCUCGGACAUAACUGGAGGGAUUAUGAACCCUGCAUCUGCUUUUGCUUGGGCGUAUGCUCGAGGAGAUCAUACGACAUUUGACCACCUACUGGUAUAUUGGCUGGCGCCCCUGCAAGCAACCCUGCUGGGAGUAUGGGCAGUGACCUACUUAACUAAACCCAAGAAGAUCAAGGAGCAAGAAGCAGAUGAAAACAAGACCAAGAAGGAAUAG